UUCUUGUCUCUUUGACUUCAAGCAUCCACCAUCUAAACAGAACGCACUAAGCCACCGUUAUGAUGGAUUCCCAACAAUUCUCCCUGCUGUCAUCCUUGAAGGAAGAGUUGAAGCCUGAGGAUUACAUUCAGCCCCACUAUAAGGAGGCCUAUCGCCUUGCCAUUGAUUCCCUGGUGAAUGAAGGCAGAGAGAGCUACCAGGAGUUCCUCAAGGCCGAGCGGAUAGGGAGCUUCCUCUCAGAAGAUGAACUCCACUUCAUCACUACAAACGCCUCACAGCCAUUGCCUAGCAACCACACAAAAGAAAUUAAUGGCCCAGCUCCGGACACUCCGGCCAGCAAGUCUUCAACUGGGACGUACUGGCCUGUGCACUCAGACAUAGCAACACCCGACCUGGAGUUAGGGUGGCCAGAGGUCACGCAUGAUAGACUGCAAACCAAUAUAGAUCUGCUCUUCCAUCCACCCAGACUAAACAGCCCCACCAUCAAAGAGGUGAUCCGUAAACAGAUUCAAGAUGCCAGACAGGUAAUUCUGCAAUGCAUUGUGUCAUCAACAAUGGCAAUGCUUAUGGUGACAGCUCCUUUUUAAAAAUAAAUUAUCAUUAUUAUUAUAAUUUUAAAAAAAACAACGUAUAGCACCUUUGUGGACUGAUAGUACAAAGCCUAAUUGUUGCACAAAACUGUCUGUUCUUCAACUGUGACUGUCUCUUUCGGUGAACGUGCUAGCUCCUGAAUCACAAAUUGAAACAAUUCCAGGACAAAAUGAUUUACAGCACAACUCCCUUUUCUCCCAGGGCAGAAUUAUACACAUAUAUUUCCUUUUCACUAGACAGGAGUGUCUGAGGGGGUGUCAUUUUUAUUUUUACAACUUACCUUCAUGAGUAAAAGUAUAGGUGCAGCUGCAACGAAAACUCACUCAGUAUCCUUGAAUGUUAGGUAAUUCUUGUAGUUGUGGGUCAAAUCCUGAGAUUAGGCCAUGUCCAGAUAAUCCUGCUUCUGACCUUUGUUCUCUGUGUGAUCCACAAUACAUUUUCAGACUACCAUUACCAGAAAUAGCAAUGCAAAGAUCAAUACUUUUACCUUAUGUUGCACAGCAGGACAGCAGGACAGUACACAGAUCAUGGAUUGCCUGCAGCUGUCAUGCAAGAAAUCUGUCAAUGUUGUGUUCAAAGAAAGGACUGGUUGUACAGGCAGUCAUAACUACACUCUCAGAAAAUAAAGGUACCGAAUUGUACUUAAAGGGCUACAAAUGCUUGUCACUGUAGUGCUACCCUGUAAGGUACAUCCAUUGUACCAUUAGUUAUAAGUACAUAAUUGUACCCUUGCAGUUUGUACCUCAAAAGAGCCAAAAAUGUACCUAUUCUCUAUGCCCUCAUGUCCCUCAUGUGUACACGCCUCUCCGCCAUCAAACUUCUGACACCAAUGUAGCAAAUUUAGAGGGUUUCCCCAACCAGUACUCAAACCUGGGUCUAGUGACUGUCAAGCGAAGAUGUCUGUACCUCUUGACUAGCUCACUCAGUGUUGGGUUAAGGUCGCUACAAUGUUACUUACAGCUUUUUAUUGUCACUUAUUUAAGCCUUUAUAAAGACUUCAGAACUGGCAGCGGACAUGCUCAAACUUUAAUGAACAUAACCAUAGACCACUUAAACUGGUACAACACUUCCACUCACGGGUGGCCCAAAUUAACUAACUGAAAGCCACACCCCCACUAAGCCCCACACCUCCAAUUAUUGUACCUUUAUAUUGAUAAUAUUUGGUACAAAAAUGUACCAUAAUACUAGAUUAUCCCUACAUGUGCCCUAAAAGGUACCAAACAAUACCAUGUGAGACCAUAUGUGUACCUCUGAAGGUACAUUGUGUAUUUUCAUCUACUGUACUUUGCUCUAACCAUACCCUUUAUUCUGAGAGUGUACUUUGAAUCCUAUCAUGGAGCCAUAUAAUCUGUUGACUAUCCAAUGCCAAACCCCUGAUAAUUAUAUUUGCUGCUUCAUCCGCAUCAGUCAAGGAUGUGUUCUUUUGAACAUUUACAAAUAUUCUAUCAGAACACUCAAGCUAUAGUUUUACUGUGGUUUCGUCUACGUUGUCUAGCUAGUAUUAGCUACAAGUAUUCCAAGUACAUGACCAAAAGUAUGUGGACACCUGCUCGUCGAACAUCUCAUUCCAAAAUCAUGGGCAUUAAUAUGGAGUUGGUCCCCCCUUUGCUGCUAUAACAGCCUCCACUCUUCUGGGAAGGCUUUCCACUAGAUGUUGGAACAUUGCUGCAGGGACUUGCUUCCAUUCAGCCACAAGAGCAUUAGUGAGGUCAGGCACUGAUGUUGAUGUUGCACUCACUAACUGUAAGUUGCUCUGGAUAAGAGCGUCUGCUAAAUGACUAAAAUGUAAAAAUGUUGCAACCAAAGACACAUGAUUUUUACGCGCUUCAGCACUCAAUGGUCCCGUUCUGUGAGCUUGUGUGGCCUAACACUUCGAGGCUGAGCUGUUGUUGCUCCUAGACCUUUCCACUUCACAAUAGCAGCACUUACAGUUGACCGGGGCAGCAGAAAUUUGACGAACUGACUUGUUGGAAAGGUGGUAUUCCUAUGACGGUGUGACAUUGAAAGUCACUGACCUUCAGUACGGGCCAUUCUACUGCCAAUGUUUGUCUAUGGAGAUUGCAUGGCUGUGUGCUCGAUUUUAUACACCUGUCAGCAACAGGUGUGGCUGAAAUAGCCAAAUCCACUAAUUUGAAGGGGUGUCCCGAUACUUUUGUGUAUAUGGUGUAUUAGCCAGAGGAGAUGGGUGUGUAUAUAGGUAAAUCUUCCAUCCAUGUGUCAAACCAAGUCCUACUUGUCACAGGAAAUAUGGUAAACACAGAGUGACAGUGUCCUUGUGACCACACACUUACUAAGUUACCGUUUGAGAUACUAUACAAUAUAGAUAUCACUAGCAUAAAAGGAAGAGUCAGCACAAUGUGACAUUUGCUUCAAAGUGUGUAUAUUAUGUUGUUGUUUUUUUUACCAGGUCUAGGCACAUACAGUAUAUUACAGUGUGCUGAAUGUGUUUUUUUUUGUUGUUGUGAUGGUCAUGUUGUAUCCGGACUGUAAAAGGGUGCCCUUUAAAGGUACUUUUAGUGACCUUAAACAACAUGUUUUUACCAAACUGUAAUAUGUCUUAGUCAUCAGGUAGUAUCCAUUAUAUCUCCACAUAAUGCAGUUCUGAUUACCAACAAAUGGAUAGAAAGCUGUAACAUGAGUCAGAGACAGAUCCUACAAUAACACGUAUAGAAGGAUGACAAUAUCACACAGCCUUAACCACCAUCUAAUGAGCUCCUGAAGUACCAUUUUUGUCACCUGUACUUUGUUGGCAUCACAGUCUCCAAAGGGUCACAGUAAUCACACAGAGCUCCUGAGCUUACAGUAAAGCCUGAUACUCUAAUUAACAGUUCAUCAGCACUAAGGUCUAUACUAUAUAAUAGUAUAUAAAUGGUAUACGAAUAAUUGUUUCUGUACUUCUGGUUCUAAUUUGUUAUUUUCCCUUCAGGUUAUUGCAAUUGUAAUGGACAUUUUUACAGAUGUGGAUAUAUUCAAAGAGGUGGUUGAUGCCUCCACCAGAGGAAUUCCAGUUUAUGUGCUUCUGGAUGAAUUUCAUCUGCAAAGCUUUCUCUUAAUGGUUGAGAAUCAAGACAUCCAAAUCCCAAAACUUAGGGUAAGUUCAGAUACUCUGCUACAAUGGUAAUGUAUGUAGGUUGAGAUGUACAUGUAUCGACUGAUUGUCCUCUCAUCGUAUAAACAGUAUUGAUUCAACCACUGACGGUAGGCCCUCAAAAUGACAGACUGAAGAAGUCAAAAGUCUCACUCCUCCUGCUUUUGCAGGGCGAAGCAGUUUACAGACCGAGGUAUUUAUUAUCAGAGGGAUGAAUCUAUGCGAAGGGGCAUUGAAGCUGCUCUGGCUCGUGGUGGCCCAACGCCCUAUUAACACACUUUAUGUUGGGGUUUCCUUUAUUUUAGCAGUUACCUGUAUGUAUUACCAGAGGGAUGAGGCAUUUUGGAUGCGGCAACAACACCCUUUAAGUAUAUUCACAAAAGUGCGACAGGUAGUCUAGCAUUUAGAGUGUUGGGCCAGUAACCGAAAGGUUGCUGGUUUGAAUACCCGAGCCGACAAGGUCAAAAUCUGUCGAUGUGCCCUUGAGCAAGGCACUUAACCCCAAUUUGCUCCAGGGAUGCCGUACUACUAUGGCUGACCCUGUAAAACAACACAUUUCACUACAACUAUCUAGUGUAUGUGACAAAAACCUUUCCAUAUAUAUAUAUAUAUAUACACACAUACAUACAUACAUACAUACAUACAUACAUACAUACAUACAUACAUACAUACAUACAUACAUACAUACAUACAUACAUACAUACAUACAUACAUACAUACAUACAUACAUACAUACAUACAUACAUACAUACAUACAUACAUACAUACAUACAUACAUACAUACAUACAUACAUACAGUGGGGAGAACAAGUAUUUGAUACACUGCCGAUUUUGCAGGUUUUUCUACUUACAAAGCAUGUAGAGGUCUGUAAUUUUUAUUAUAGGUACACUUCAACAGUGAGAGACAGAAUCUAAAAAAUCCAGAAAAUCACAUUGUAUGAUUUUUAAUUUAAUGUAAUUGUAAUUAAUUUGCAUUUUAUUGCAUGACAUAAGUAUUUGAUCACCUACCAACCAGUAAGAAUUCCGGCUCUCACAGACCUGUUAGUUUUUCUUCCAUGAGGAAGGUGAGGGAUCAGCCCAGAACUACAUGGCAGGACCUGGUCAAUGACCUGAAGAGACCUGGGACCACAGUCUCAAAGAAAACCAUUAGUAACACACUACGCCGUCAUGGAUUAAAAUCCUGCAGCGCACGUAAGGUCCCCCUGCUCAAGCCAGCGCAUGUCCAGGCCCGUCUGAAGUUUGCCAAUGACCAUCUGGGUGAUCCAGAGGAGGAAUGGGAGAAGGUCAUGUGGUCUGAUGAGACAAAAAUGUAGCUUUUUGGUCUAAACUCCACUCGCCGUGUUUGGAGGAAGAAGAAGGAUGAGUACAACCCCAAGAACACCAUCCCAACCGUGAAGCAUGGAGGUGGAAACAUCAUUCUUUGGGGAUGCUUUUCUGCAAAGGGGACAGGACGACUGCACCAUAUUGAGGGGAGGAUAGAUGGGGCCAUGUAUCGCGAGAUCUUGGCCAACAACCUCCUUCCCUCAGUAAGAGCAUUGAAGAUGAGUCGUGGCUGGGUCUUCCAGUAUGACAACGACUCGAAACACACAGCCAGGGCAACUAAGGAGUGGCUCCGUAAGAAGCAUCUCAAGGUCCUGGAGUGGCCUAGCCAGUCUCCAGACCUGAAACCAAUAGAACAUCUUUGGAGGGAGCUGAAAGUCCGUAUUUCCCAGCGACAGCCCUGAAACCUGAAGGAUCUGGGGAAGGUCUGUAUGGAGGAGUGGGCCAAAAUCCCUGCUGCAGUGUGUGCAAACCUGGUCAAGACCUUGUCAGGGUUGAGUGUAGAGGUAACGUAGAAUCACACGCAGGACACACAGAGGUUCGAAACAGAUGUCUUUAGUGAAGUCCAAGAAACAAGCCAAACACGGCAACAGGCCACAGGCGAACUUUACGCACAAUGGUAAGUACAAAAAUAAAUGCGCACAAAGUGCGGGACUCUCUCUAACAAAACGAUACAGAGAGAACAGAACAACGAACUAACACAACACGUGACAUCGAACAAUUACACACAACACCUGACCAAUCUCAAGAGAACUAAAUAGGACGCAUAAUGAACACUAACAAGGAACAGGUGAUACAAACAGACAAAACCAAUCAAACAUAGAAACAUAGAACGGUGGCAGCUAGUACUCCGGAGACGACGACCGCCGAAGCCUGCCCGAACAAGGAGAAGGAGCAGCCUCGGCCGAAACCGUGACAGACCAACAGGAAAUGUAUGAUCUCUGUAAUUGCAAACAAAGGUUUCUGUACCAAAUAUUAAGUUCUGCUUUUCUGAUGUAUCAAAUACUUAUGUCAUGCAAUAAAAUGCAAAUUAAUUACUUAAAAAUCAUACAAUGUGAUUUUCUGGAUUUUUGUUUUAAAUUCCGUCUCUCACAGUUGAAGUGUACCUAUGAUAAAAAAAAUUACAGACCUCUACAUGCUUUGUAAUAGGAAAACCUGCAAAAUCGGCAGUGUAUCAAAUACUUGUUCUCCCCACUGUGUGUGUAUAUAUAUAUAUAUAUACACACACACACACACACACAUAUACAUACAUACAUACAUACAUACAGUUGAAGUCGGAAGUUUACAUACACCUUAGCCAAAUACAUUUAAACUUAGUUUUUCACAAUUCCUGACAUUUAAUCCUAGUAAAAAUUCCCUGUCUUAGGUCAGUUAGGAUCACCACUUUAUUUUAAGAACAUGAAAUGUCAGAAUAAUAGUAGAGAGAAUGAUUUAUUUCAGCUUUUAUUUCUUUCAUCACAUUCCCAGUCGGUCAGAAGUUUACAUACACUCAAUUAGUAUUUGGUAGCAUUGCCUUUACAUUGUUUAACUUGGGUCAAAUGUUUCGGGUAGCCUUCCACAAGCUUCCCACAAUAAGUUGGGUGAAUUUUGGCCCAUUCCUCCUGACAGAGCUGGUGUAACUGAGUCAGGUUUGUAGGCCUCCUUGCUCGCACACGCUUUUUCAGUUCUGCCCACAAAUGUUCUAUAGGAUUGAGGUCAGGGCUUUGUGAUGGCAACUCCAAUACCUUGACUUUGUUGUCCUUAAGCCAUUUUGGCACAACUUUGGAAGGAUGGUUGGGGUCAUUGUCCAUUUGGAAGACCCAUUUGCGACCAAGCUUUGACAUCAGUCAGGUAGUUUUGAGAUGUUGCUUCAAUAUAUCCACAUAAUUGUCCUUCCUCAUGAUGCCAUCUGUUUUGUGUAGUGCACCAGUCCCUCCUGCAGCAAAGCACCCCCGCAGCAUGAUGCUGCCACUCCCGUGCUUCACGGUUGGGAUGGUGUUCUUCGGCUUGCAAGCAACCCCCUUUUUCCUUCAAACAUAACGAUGCUCAUUAUGGGCAAACAGUUUUAUUUUUGUUUCAUCAGACCAGAGGAUAUUUCUCCAAAAAGUACAAUCUUUGUCCCCAUGUGCAGUUGCAAACCAUAAUCUGGCUUUUUUUAUGGUGGUUUUGGAGCAGUGGCUUCUUCCUUGCUGAGCGGCCUUUCAGGUUAUGUUGAUAUACAGUGAGGGAAAAAAGUAUUUGAUCCCCUGCUGAUUUUGUACGUUUGCCCACUGACAAAGAAAUGAUCAGUCCAUAAUUUUAAUGGUACGUUUAUUUGAACAGUGAGAGACAGAAUAACAACAAAAAAAUCCAGAAAAACGCAUGUCAAAAAUGUUAUAAAUUGAUUUGCAUUUUAAAUGAGGGAAAUAAGUAUUUGACCCCUCUGCAAAACAUGACUUAGUACUUGGUGGCAAAACCCUUGUUUGCAGUCACAGAGGUCAGACGUUUCAUGUAGUUGGCCACCAGGUUUGCACACAUCUCAGGAGGGAUUUUGUCCCACUCCUCUUUGCAGAUCUUCUCCAAGUCAUUAAGGUUUCGAGGCUGACGUUUGGCAACUCAAACCUUCAGCUCCCUCCACAGAUUUUCUAUGGGAUUAAGGUCUGGAGACUGGCUAGGCCACUCCAGGACCUUAAUGUGCUUCUUCUUGAGUCACUCCUUUGUUGCCUUGGCCGUGUGUUUUGGGCCAUUGUCAUGCUGGAAUACCCACCCACGACCCAUUUUCAAUGCCCUGGCUGAGGGAAGGUUCUCACCCAAGAUUUAACGGUACAUGGCCCCGUCCAUCAUCCCUUUGAUGCGGUGAAGUUGUCCUGUCCCCUUAGCAGAAAAACACCCCCAAAGCAUAAUGUUUCCACCUCCAUGUUUGACGGUGGGGAUGGUGUUCUUGGAGUCAUAGGCAGCAUUCCUCCUCCUCCAAACACGGUGAGUUGAGUUGAUGCUAAAGAGCUCGAUUUUGAUCUCAUCUGACCACAACACUUUUACCCAGUUCUCCUCUGAAUCAUUCAGAUGUUCAUUGGCAAACGUCAGACGGGCCUGUAUUUGUUAUUUCUUGAGCAGGGAGACCUUGCGGGCGCUGCAGGAUUUCAGUCCUUCACGGCGUAGUGUGUUACCAAUUGUUUUCUUGGUGACUAUGGUCCCAGCUGCCUUGAGAUCAUUGACAAGAUCCUCCCGUGUAGUUCUGGGCUUAUUCCUCAUCGUUGUCAUGAUCAUUGAAACUCCACGAGGUGAGAUUUUGCAUGGAGCCCCAGGCCGAGGGAGGUUGACAGUUAUUUUGUGUUUCUUCCAUUUGCGAAUAAUCGCACCAACUGUUGUCACCUUCUCACCAAGCUGCUUGGCGAUGGUCUUGUAGCCCAAUCCAGCCUUGUGUAGGUCUACAAUCUUGUCCCUGAUAUCCUUGGAGAGCUCUUUGGUCUUGGCCAUGAUGGAGAGUUUGGAAUCUGAUUGAUUGAUUGCUUCUGUGGACAGGUGUCUUUUAUACAGGUAACAAGCUGAGAUUAGGAGCACUUCCUUUAAGAGUGUGCUCCUAAUCUCAGCUCGUUACCUGUAUAAAAGACACCUGGGAGCCAGAAAUCUUUCUGAUUGAGAGGGGUCAAAUACUUAUUUCCCUCAUUAAAAUGCAAAUCAAUUUAUAACAUUUUUGACAUGCGUUUUUCUGGAUUUUUUUGUUGUUAUUCUGUCUCUCACUGUUCAAAUACACCUACCAUUAAAAUUAUAGACUGAUCAUUUCUUUGUCAGUGGGCAAACUUCAAAAUCAGCAGGGGAUCAAAUACUUUUUUCCCUCACUGUAGGACUUGCUUUACUGUGGAUAUAGAUACUUUUGUACCUGUUUCCUCCAGCAUCUUCACAAGGUCCUUUGCUGUUGUUCUGGGAUUGAUUUGCACACCAAAGUAUGUUAAUCUCUAUGAGACAGAACGCGUCUCCUUCCUGAGCGGUAUGACGACUGCAUGGUCCCAUGGUGUUUAUACUUGCGUACUAUUGUUUGUACAGAUGAACGUGGUACCUUCAGGCGUUUGGAAAUUGCUCCCAAGGAUGAACCAGACUUGGGGAGGUCUACAAUUUUUUUUCUGAGGUCUUUGCUGAUUUCUUUUGAUUUUCCCAUGAUGUCAAGCUUUGAGGCCUCAGUUUUGAAGGUAGGCCUUGAAAUACAUCAACAGUUAGACCUCCAACUGACUCAAAUGAUGUCAAUUAGCCUAUCAGAAGCUUCUAAAGCCAUGACAUCAUUUUCUGGAAUUUUCCAAGCUGUUUAAAGGCACCGUCAACUUAGUGUAUGUAAACUUCUGACCCACUGGAAUUGUGAUACAGUAAAUUAUAAGUGAAAUAAUCUGUCUGUAAACAAUUGUUGGAAAAAUUACUUGUAUCAUGCACAAAGUAGAUGUCCUAACCGACUUGCCAAAACUAUAGUUUGUUAACAAGAAAUUUGUGGAGUGGUUGAAAAAUGAGUUUUAAUGACUCCAACCUAAGUGUAUGUAAACAUCGGACUUCAACUGAUAUAUAUACACACACUACCAGUCAAACGUUUGGACACACCUACUCAUUCAAGGUUUUUUCUUUAUUUUGACUAUUUUUUACAUUGUAGAAUAAUAGUGAAGACAUCAAAAGUAUGAAAAUACACAUCAUGUAGUAACCAAAAAAAGUGUUAAACAAAUUAAAAUAUAUUUCAUAUUUGAGAUUCUUCAAAUAGCCACCCUUUGCCUUGAUGACAUCUUUGCACACGCUUGGCAUUCUCUCUACCAGCUUCAUGAGGUAGUCACCUGGAAUGCAUUUCAAUUAACAGGUGUGCCUUCUUAAAUGUUAAUUUGUGGAAUUUUUCCUUCUUAAUACGUUUGAGCCAAUUGGUUGGGUUGUGACAAGGUAGGGGGAAGCCCUAUUUGGUAAAAUAUCAAGUCCAUAUCAUGGCAAGAACAGCUCAAAUAAGCAAAGAGAAACAACAGUCCGUCAUUACUUUAAGACAUGAAGGUCAGUCAAUACGGAACAUUUCAAGAACUUUGAAAGUUUCUUCAAGUGCAGUCGCAAAAACCAUCAAGCGCUAUGAUGAAACUGCCUCUCAUGAGGACCGCCACAGGAAUGGAAGACCCAGAGUUACCUCUGCUGCAGAGGAUAAGUUCAUUAGAGUUACCAGCCUCAGAAAUUGCAGCCCAAAUAAAGAGUCAAGUAACAGACACAUCUCAACAUCAACUGUUCAGAGGAGACUGUGAAUCAGGCCUUUAUGGUCGAAUUGCUGCAAAGAAACCACUACUAAAGGACACCAAUAAGAAGAAGACACUUGCUUGGGCCAAGAAACACGAGCAAUGGACAUUAGACCGGUGUAAAUGUGUCCUUUGGUCUGGAGUCCAAAUUUGAGAUUUUUAGUUCCAACCGCUGUGUCUUUGUGAGACGCGAUGUGGGUGAACGGAUGAUCUCCGUAUGUUUAUAUCCCACCAUAAGUCAUGGAGGAGGAGGUGUUAUGGUGUGGGGGUGCUUUGCUGGUGACACUGUCUGUGAUGUAUUUAGAAUUCAAGGCACACUUAACCAGCAUGGCUACCACAGCAUUCCGCAGUGAUACACAAUCCCAUCUGGUUUGGGCUUAGUGGGACUAUCAUUUGUUUUUCUACAGGACAAUGACCCAACACACCUCCAGGCUGUGUAAGGGCUAUUUUACCAAGAAGGAGAGUGAUGGAGUGCUGCAUCAGAUGACCUGGCCUCCACAAUCCCCCGACCUCAACCCAAUUGAGAUGGUUUGGGAUGAGUCGAACCGCAGAGUGAAGGAAAAGCAGCCAACAAGUGCUCAACAUAUGUGGGAACUUCUUCAAGACUGUUGGAAAAGCAUUCCAGGUGAAUCUGGUUGAGAGAAUGCCAAGUGGGUGCAAAGCUGUCAUCAUGGCAAAGGGUGGCUAUUUGAAGAAUUUGUUUAACACUUUUUUCAUUACUGCAUGAUUCCAUAUGUGUUAUUUCAUAGUUUUGAUGUCUUCACUAUUAUUCCACAAUAUAGAAAAUAGUUUAAAAAAAUAAAAAAUGGAAUGAGUAGGUGUGUCCAAACAUUUGACUGGGACUGUAUAUAUAUAUAUAUAUAUAUAUAUAUAUAUAUAUAUAUAUAGUGGGGAAAAAAGUAUUUAGUCAGCCACCAAUUGUGCAAGUUCUCCUACUUAAAAAGAUGAGAGAGGCCUGUAAUUUUCAUCAUAGGUACACGUCAACUAUGACAGACAAAAUGAGAUUUUUUUUUCUCCAGAAAAUCACAUUGUAGGAUUUUUAAUGAAUUUAUUUGCAAAUUAAGGUGGAAAAUAAGUAUUUGGUCAAUAACAAAAGUUUCUCAAUACUUUGUUAUAUACCCUUUGUUGGCCUUGACACAGGUCAAACGUUUUCUGUAAGUCUUCACAAGGUUUUCACACACUGUUGCUGGUAUUUUGGCCCAUUCCUCCAUGCAGAUCUCCUUUAGAGCAGUGAUGUUUUGGGGCUGUCGCUGGGCAACACGGACUUUCAACUCCCUCCAAAUAUUUUCUAUGGGGUUGAGAUCUGGAGACUGGCUAGGCCACUCCAGGACCUUGAAAUGCUUCUUACGAAGCCACUCCUUCGUUGCCCGGGCGGUGUGUUUGGGAUCAUUGUCAUGCUGAAAGACCCAGCCACGUUUCAUCUUCAAUGCCCUUGCUGAUGGAAGGAGGUUUUCACUCAAAAUCUCACGAUACAUGGCCCCAUUCAUUCUUUCCUUUACACGGAUCAGUCGUCCUGGUCCCUUUGCAGAAAAACAGCCCCAAAGCAUGAUGUUUCCACCCCCAUGCUUCACAGUAGGUAUGGUGUUCUUUGGAUGCAACUCAGCAUUCUUUGUCCUCCAAACACGACGAUUUGAGUUUUUACCAAAACGUUCUAUAUUGGUUUCAUCUGACCAUAUGACAUUCUCCCAAUCCUCUUCUGGAUCAUCCAAAUGCACUCUAGCAAACUUCAGACGGGCCUGGACAUGUACUGGCUUAAGCAGGGGGACACGUCUCGCACUGCAGGAUUUGAGUCCCUGGCGGCGUAGUGUGUUACUGAUGGUAGGCUUUGUUACUUUGGUCCCAGCUCUCUGCAGGUCAUUCCCUAGGUCCCCUCGUGUGGUUCUGGGAUUUUUGCUCACCGUUCUUGUGAUCAUUUUGACCCCACGGGGUGAGAUCUUGCGUGGAGCCCCAGAUCGAGGGACAUUAUCAGUGGUCUUGUAUGUCUUCCAUUUCCUAAUAAUUGCUCCCACAGUUGAUUUCUUCAAACCAAGCUGCUUACCUAUUGCAGAUUCAGUCUUCCCAGCCUGGUGCAGGUCUACAAUUGUGUUUCUGGUGUCCUUUGACAGCUCUUUGGUCUUGGCCAUAGUGGAGUUUCGAGUGUGACUGUUUGAGGUUGUGGACAGGUGUCUUUUAUACAGAUAACAAGUUCAAACAGGUGCCAUUAAUACAGGUAACGAGUGGAGGACAGAGGAGCCUCUUAAAGAAGAAGUUACAGGUCUGUGAGAGCCAGAAAUCUUGCUUGUUCGUAGGUGACCAAAAACUUAUUUUCCACCAUAAUUUGCAAAUAAAUUCAUUAAAAAUCCUACAAUGUGAUGUUCUGGAUUUUUUUUCCUCAAUUUGUCUGUCAUAGUUGACGUGCACCUAUGAUGAAAAUUACAGGCCUCUCUCAUCUUUUUAAGUGGGAGAACUUGCACAAUUGGUGGCUGACUAAAUACUUUUUUUCCCCACUGUAUAUAUAUAUAUAUAUAUAUAUAUAUAUAUAUAUAUAUAUAUAUAUAUAUAUAUAUAUAUUCAGGCUUUGCAUAAAACAAUGUGUUACCAUAGAACGGUAUUGGUAACAUUCCACUGACUCUCUUGGUCUACAGAACAUGAAAGUACGGACAGUGAAGGGUCAUGAUUAUCUCUGCCGUUCAGGAGCUACAUUUCAUGGAGCAAUGGAGCAGAAGUUUCUGUUGGUGGACUGCCAAACAGUGGUGUACGGAUCGUACAGGUAAAUGGAGCUAGGAGCCCAGGGAGAAUACAUGUCCAAUAACCUGACCCUAUUGUUGCUCUUAGUGCAAUCCAGGUUCCUUGAGACAUCCCUACCCUAACCCUAACCUUUACCUUUACCAUAUCAAACACAAAAAAAGUGUUGAGGUAGAGGCUGAUAAAUUCCUAGAAUACCUAUGGGUAACAGGAUAAGGCAAUGUUACAUUUUUUAAAAACUUUAGACAGCCUAAAGGCUUAUCUUCGAUACAAUAAGUCAGCAUGAAUUAGAGAUGCUAAGGGUUGACAGCAGACAAUUUACUGAUAUUGUGAAACUGUCUACCUCAGUUGACCGUGUACAGUUGGCUGAGCUAAAAAUGGCUGUUAUAAAAUUUUCACUGAAGUAAUUACUGCUCUCUGUUUAUUCUUCUCCACCCAGCUUCAUGUGGUCCUAUGAGAAAAUCAACCUGAGUAUGGUGCAGGUCAUAACAGGCCAGCUGGUGGAGUCCUAUGACGAGGAGUUUCGAACGCUCUUCGCCCGUUCCUUCGUGCUAGCAGUUCUCAUCCCUCCCGAGACUGUGCUACUAGAACGGAAUGGAAGACAUGCCCAGGCAAAGUAUGCUUCUGAAUCCAGACAAGCCUUUGAGAGGAAGGACCAGUUGAGACAUACCCUGGACACAGUGUACAGGAAAGCCUGUGAGAGACAGACGGGCAUGACGAGCCCUAUCCGAGAGAUGGAGGAGAGACUCUAUGACAAGGAGCCAUUUGAACACCGACCCAUGAUCAAUCACGGCAAGAGUGUUCAAAACCGCGUCCAUCAGUUCCAGUCUGCAGAGACUGUGAACUUCCUGAAAAGGCACAGUUAUGCUGGGGAGAGACAAGAAGUCUUGUAUGUUCCACACAACACAAGGUAUGGGGCAAGCAACUGGAAAGUGGCUGGAGAUGGAGGUAAUCACUGUGCUCCUGGAAGAAGCCACUUUUCCAAUGCUAUGGAAGACCAUUCUCAGGGGGCACAGAUAUACAGAGGUCGCAAUAUUCGCCAGUCCUUCCACGGGAAUGACAAACAAGUCCGCUCCAUGCAGCGGAACAUGCCAACUUUGAAGCACACGGCUAAGUCCUUCUUGCACACAUAUAGGAUAGAGUCUUACCUCAAUAACACUGAUGAUCCUAUUGGGGAAUCCUGUGACUAUCUGGACCAGUAUGAAGCUCCGGAAAUCAAAACUAGCUCAUUGAUUCCUUACAGACUUAAGUCAUCCCUUGUUUUCAAGUCCACUAUUCCAGAGAAACCGGAGACAAACAGUCACUCAAGCAGCUCUUCCAUACGUCAGGUCAACCCCUCUGCAAAGCCAAAUAAUGCACCGUAUUACUCCUCAAUGCAAUUGCAAUGGAAUCCAGCAACAUCGAUGGAAAACAGAAUGAGACAAGAUGAAUACAUAAUGAAAAGGCGGAGUCUGCAGAUUUUGGAUGAUCCUAGGAAUAACAUUGGCUAUGGCCCAGGAAGAGACCCACAUCAGUCGGUCUAUGCCAGCCUGGGAAGAGCCAAAGAGGGACUGGUAAUCAAAACCCCUGAGCUCCUUCAAGACAACUGGCACAAAAGAUACAGUGUGGCAGACUCAAAGUCCAACGGUGACUACAGAGUCAAUAAAGAGUUAUCCAGUCACAUGUAUGGUGGGGCCUUUGUGAGGAGUCAGCCAGAUGUUGGUGGAAUAAGAGUGGGUACACAGAACGGAGGAUAUUCUUCAAAUCUGAACAAGGAUCAGAGAUCUGUCUCUCAUUAUGACGUCAAAAACGAUGUGGACACAAAGAGCCCCCCUGUUUCCAUUUGGCAAGAGCCUCCCUCCAGAACUGUGUCUGCAGCAGCCCUUGAUAUGAACAGCAAAGAGACUCCCUCCAGAACUGUGUCUGCAGCAGCCCUUGACAUGAACAGCAAAGAGCCUCCCUCCAGAACUGUGUCUGCAGCAGCCCUUGAUAUGAACAGUAAAGAGCCCACUUACAAGUCCACCAGUACGGCAUUGGGUUCACCACGUUUCCUCAAGAAGAGCUCCAAGCAAAUCAGAUCAUUGCUCAACAUACCAAAGAAAAAAGAGGGUUCCCCUAAAGGGGGUUUCCCUAAAGGGGGUGGUAGCUCAGACACCAUAGUGACUGAGGAAGAGGGGCAAAGACCAGACAGAGAGAGGAAGGUUGCACCACAGAGUAGCACGGUACAUCCAACCAAAUCCCCUACCAGGCUUCAGAUGGACAAGAACCACUGUGCAGAUGAUAUAGGACUAUCCUCAACCCCUCGUUUUAGCACUGAAGAGCUGCACCAAAACCUUCCUGCCAGAACUACAUCCACGGGGACACAGGGGCAGCACACUUCCAUUGAUAAAAGGCAUGAAAGGGCAAGCCUUGCAUCAGGAAACUGGCGUAGCGAUCGGGGUGGCGAUAGUCGUUUGUAUAGCAGAUUUGAGCCUUUCUGUUCAUUGGAGAAGGAGCCACCCCACUCCUCACAAUAUGUAACAGGCCCUGCUAAAAGUAGCUCCACCAAUGAACAACACAACCACAGUGGCCAGCAGAUACAUAGCCACCAUGAAAACAAACUGGGCAAAUUCAUUCAAAGAGUGGGGCAUUUCAUUCACAAAAAUAAGUAG